ACAGCCCAAACAAAAGCAGAAGAAUCAAAACGACCGAGCACCUCCGAGAGAGGAAAAAAAAUAUCCAUGGCGUCCGACGACCUCUUCGAAGGCUUGCCUCCGCCAGCGGCGCCCGCCGGCGAGGACCGCGCGGCCUCCCCCGCACCUCCGCCUCCCCCGCCGGCGGCUCCGGCACCGAGGCCCUCCGCGCUGAAGAGCGCCCUCAAGCGGGACAAGCCCUCCCCCUCCUCGGCCGCCACCUCCUCCUCCUCACCCGCCGCCGCCGCCAGCGUCGCUCCCGCCGAUGUCGCCGCCGAAGGCCGCGUUCCUGAGAAGCGCCUUCGCUUCAGAACUACUGUUGAUGCAUCAGAAAUGCAAAUCAUUGAGGCUAUGCAGAAGAUAACUUCACACAUAGGGAAUCCUUCAAAAUUCAGCAAGGCAUCAAAGCUAGCUCUACAGCUUAUUGAGGCUGGAAGUGUCAAGCCAGAGACAAUCGGGCAAUUCUUUGGUCUGUUAGAGGCUGCAAUGUCUUCACCUGGAGCUUGUAAUGAGCCUUCUGUGCACGCAGAUUACCAGGCAUUGUUUAAUGCUGCUGAGGGUGUAACAGAGUGUUUCAACGAACAGCAGAAAAAUCAGUUUGAUGUAUGGAUGCUUCAUGCGGUGGUGGCUAAUGAUCUCUGUACCGACGACAGUUUUGUGUUCUCAAAGGCUGUAGGGAAGAUCAAAGAUGCCAUCUCAGCCCUGCCAGUGGUAACAGUGGACGAUGAUAACGAUGAAGCAACAGCACUCGCGGCACUUGCUGAAAGCCAAUCUGGCACCACAGAGAAUAAGGCAGCUGAUAGCAACGCACACGCUGCAGCGUCCAACUCGGGGGAAGAAUCCUCUGAUCCUUUCGGUCUAGAUGAUCUCCUCGAGCACAAGCCAAAGAAGUCUGAGAAGGCGGCUGAGGCCCUGAACAGACAGGCGGACGAGGAGGAGUCCAGAAGACUUCUGAGGUCACGGCGUGAAGCCCUACUGAAGUGUCUCGAGAUGGCUGCUCGGCGCUACAGGAUACCCUGGACGCAGACGACCAUCGACAUCCUGGGGCGGCACGCGUACGACAGCGUGGGGCGGUUCACGGCCCGGCAGCGGGAGGCAGUGGAGAAGCUGUGGAACUCGAUCAAGGAGCAGCAGAUCCGGCGCAAGCACGGCAAGUCGGCGAGCGGGAAGCUGGACGUGAACGCCUUCGAGCGCCUCCAGGAGAAGUACUCCCACGAGAAGAUCAGCAUCCGGCGCGCCGUCGGCGGCGCUGGCGACCGCCGCGCCACGCAGUGGCUCGGCUAAAGCAAGUCGGCACACCCGGCCGCACCCACCGUAUACUACGUGCCGUCCGAUGGCCAUCGCGAUUGACGUCACGCAGAUAGGAGUGACGGAAAACGACGGUUCCGCCGCUCCCCGGUGCAUGUAGCCUGAAUGAUGGUGUCCUCCGGUUCAGGGGACGGCGUUCACUUCACCUGAGUCGUUGAUUGGACUUGUUUGUAGGUUGUGCGUGUCUGACGAAGAUGAUGCAAACGGCGAGCGUGCGGUUUAUAGUUUUCAUAGUCGCAUUCGUGUGUGUGUGUGUGUGUGCGCCCAUUCCUGUGAUAUCAUCUGAAUCGCAGCACUGUCCACAGA